CCAUUCCAGCUUCAGUCUCGGUUCCUAAUUCUUCGAACACCAUCCACCAGAAAAAUCUCCACUCCAACUUUGACAUUGCGCCCGAUUGAUGCUCACGACACUCUAGCACGACUAACAUCUCCCACGAAAGGUCACGCAACUAUGCUGACGCCCACGAGCACCUUCGCCCUCCGCCUCGCCGGCCAGGGCGCCGCCCGCGCAUCGAUUGCCUCCUCUAUCGCCCGCACCACCGCAUGCCCGUACUCUACCGUCUCGAUGAAGAAGCAGCAGCCCUCCGCCCGCCCGAUCGGCCUCGUCGCGAUGGGCCCCAUCGCCCGCACUAGCGCCGCCUUCGCCGCCGCCUCCCCGUCCUCUUCCAUCGUCGCCCGCGUCGUCCGCCAGCCCUGCUCCCAACGCUGCAACGCGACGACUGCUGCCGCGGCGGCGCAACCAAAGGCCGCCGCUGUGCCCGGGGACAAACUUGACUGGGAGACUUUCUUUCAGCUGCGCAAGUCUCGCAGGAGGUGGCAGCUCGGCUUCAGCAUCAUCUCCGGCUUGGGCUCCUUUGUCGGCGGUGCCGGUAUCCUAGCGACUGGUGUUGCGGACCCGUUGGUCACGCAGGUUCCCCUGGACCCUUUCAUCACGAUGGGCAUGAUGACGAUGGCCUUCGGCGCGCUGGGAUGGUUGGUCGGGCCCAGCGUUGGGUCCCUAGUCUUCUACACGCUGAACAAGAGGUGGAAGAAUCAGAUGACGAUCAAGGAGAAAGAGUUCUUUGCCCGCAUUAAGAAGAACCGUGUCGACCCUUCGGUGUCGUCCGUCGGCAACCCUGUCCCCGACUUCUACGGAGAGAAGAUCUCGAGCGUCAAGGGCUACCGUCAGUGGCUGAAGGACCAGCGUGCCUUCAACAAGAAGCGUAUCAGCUUCGUGUAGACCACCAAUCACCCGGCACGGCUCGUCAACGGACGAUUUCUAUUUCGUUAGGCUAAUCAGGAUCAUGGCUAGUGGGCAUAGGCCGCCCUCCUCUCUCUGUAGCAAUAGGGGUAUCGGUGAGGAAAAAGUAUGUAUCGUGACGACACAACCCUCCUCGUCAGAACAAAUUCAACUUUUAUUUU